AUGGCGGGGGCGCGGGGACCCAUGCCGCCUCAGCAGUUCCCACAGCCCAUGUAUCGGGCGGCGAUGGGGCAGCCUCCGCAGAUGUUCAUGCAACCGCCUCGCAUGCCGAUGGCUCCGGGGCAGAUCCAAGGCUUUCCGCCGCAGGGGAUUCAGGUCGUGGGCCAGCCGGGGGGGGCGGUGCCCCCCCCGGGUUCUCCCUUCUAUCACGGCCAGAUGCAGACGCCUCCUCAGCCGCAGAGACCGGGAAACGCGGGCGGAAUGGGCGGCAUGCGGCCCGGGGCCGGGGGAAUGGGACCGGGCGGGGGAGGUCCGCACGAGCACGGGGGGGAUGGACACGGCGACGACUCGGGAGGCGGCCACUCACGAAGAGGGCGCGGAGGCGGCAGGGGGGGCAGGGGGGGCUUGUCGAGACAAAACAGCGCCAACAGAAAACACAGGGGCGGAAGCGGCGGGUCUUGAAAAGGCAGCAGCCGCGCGCCCGUUAUUUCCGCCGCGCCUCUUUUUUCGUCUCGACAAAGUCUCUCUCUUGACGUGCCUCCCUUCGGUACGCGGGCCCGGUGAAGUCCGGUGAUGGAGGCUACGCAGAAGCAAUACUUUUUAUUUACCCCGGGAAGAUGGAUACCACUUUCUGGGUGUGAGGUUCAGUUGGAGGGGGGGGGGGGGGAUGGAGUUAUUCAGUGGUAAUGUGUUCCGAAGCAUCUUGAAUUGCCGUGUAUGAUGUACGAGAUGAAAGUGACACCUUUCUUGGGGAGAGUCUGCGUGUUUCUUGGUGAAGGUGGUGAUUGUAGGGCAGGGGGUGGAGCGCCGUUUUGCGGCUGGUGAAUGAACCAUGUACUGGUUGGUGUCCACGGCCUGGGAGAUGGGAUUGCGUCCGUGGAGAAAUGAAAGCUUUCGAUCAAUUCUGUCUUGGUGGGUAACUGGACCGCUUGAGAGAGAAGUCCUUGGUGACGACAGAUCGGAAUAAUGCUUUGUCUUUGCUCCCGACGAGAGGCUGCAUGAUGCCGUGCGCCUGCCUGCUUAUGAAUUCCCAACGUAUUCCUCCGUGGUGGUGGUUUGUCGUUUGUCCCGGUGUGAUUUUUUUUUUUUUCCCGGUUCUUGAAGGAAAAAGUUGGCGCCUAACCGGCCUUCCCUUGAGGCGGUAGAGGCGGAGAAUGGGGGCAGGCAAGUGAGAUACCCUUCUGUUAAUUGCCCGCGGAAAGAAUGAUUUCCACACAUU